CGGCGCACCGCACUAUAUAUUCAGUAUUCGUUGGAACCAGUCGUCUUCAAAUUUGAUUAUUCAAUUAUCGAUCAAUUGAGUUAAUUCGAAGAUUUGAAGUUCAAGUGUUUUUCACAAUUGCCGAUAUGAGGUGCCUUAUGGUGUUAAGUGUGUUCGUUGCUGCACUUGGUUGGUGUUAUGGAAAACCGGCACCUGCAGGAAUAGGAGCGUUUGCGUACCAGGACUCAUCAGGCAAUAGGUACGGUGGUACUUACGGACUCCAGGACGGCAAAGCCUACAGUAUCUCGGGAGACGACGUUACUUCCUUCAACUCUGACGGCGGUGUAAACAACUUCCAGAGCUUGGACUCUUUCUUCCCUGAGUACUUUAAAAACUUCGAGACUAUUCUCCAAGAGGCCUUUGCUGAUCACAUAGAUCAUCAACGAGUUGCGUUAGACGCAGCUAGAAAGGCAUUCGACCUAACGUCGAAUCGCGCUGGUUACGUACCUAAUUUUGCCUUCGACUCUAGGUCCGGAGGUUUCGGUAACAUACCUGACUUCGGAAAUUUCGGCUUCGGCAUGCCUAUGGGAGGAUCAGCCCCACCCUUCGGCUUUCCCAUGGGGCCCAUGGGACCCAUGGGACCGAACAGUGCUUUCGCCAGUGCAAUGGCUGGACCUGGAUAUAAGUCCCAUAAAAUUGCAUUGAACCCAGCAAAUCCGCGCAAGCCCAAUGUGGACGUGACACGAAUGUCGGAUGCGGGAAGAAAUGGCGGCAGGCAAUUUUAUAGCGUCUCCAGCUCCUCGUACUCCUCGUCUGCCAAUUUGAAUGGUCAACAGGUGAACGACAGGGGCGGUGAGACCAUUAUCAACGAUAACGGCGUUAUCAGCAGAUACAGUCUUAAAGAUAACUGAUUUAAAUGACAACAUGCUUGAUGAAAAUAUACUAAUAAUUUCUAUUUUUUUUUACCAUUUAGAUUGUUUAAGAAUUUUUAUGUAUUCAUUUAAAACAUUUGCAAACAAAUGAAUCGUUAUUUUACAUGUAAAAGUGCUGGAUCUAGUUUGAAAACCAAUGCAAGCAUCUGGUUUACUUUAAAAGUAUUUUCUCUUGAAUGUUACGUGUAUUCAAGUAAGCAAAAAUAAAUAAAGCAUGGAUCUCAAAUAGCGUGACGUUUCAUUAUCAUCAUGGUGAUGAAACAAACAAAACAAUAAUGAUUCCAAAUUUACCUGUGAAUUAAA